AUGGUGUCGGUGACGUUUGGAGACAGUAAAGAGGAGUAUCACCUGCUGUUGGAUAGUGCGGCGAGUAAUACGUGGGUUAUGGGCCAAGAUUGUAAGAGUGAGGCUUGUGGGGCGCAUAAUACGUUUGGGGAAGGAGACUCUACAAGCCUGAAGAAAGGAGACACUACGUUUAGUAUUACCUACGGCACGGGGUCUGUGUCUGGAAUCAUCGCAACUGACACUAUGCACCUCUCUUCUCUCAGCCCCAGUCUAACUUUUGGUCUCGCAACAAAUGUCUCCCAAGAAUUCUCGUCCUACCCCAUGGAUGGAAUUCUGGGCAUCGGGCGCGGCGAUUCCGUUCCCGGCACUAUCGAAUCUCCUCAGUUUAUGGAUGUCCUUGCGACUUCCAAACUCAUAAAAGCGAAACUUUUUGGCAUACAUCUUAGCAGGGCGAAGGACGGAACCAACGAUGGGGAGCUCAAUUUCGGGGAGGUUAACACCAAGAGAUAUGACGGUGAUCUGAACUAUGUGAAGACUGUAAAUAAUGAUAAUGGGUUCUGGGAGAUCCCUGUAGAUGACGCAGGUGUUGAUGGGAAAACCCUCAGCCUGAAAGGAAGAUCGGCGAUUUUGGAUUCUGGGACGAGUUUUAUCCUAAUGCCUGCUAACGACGCCGCGGCUGUUCACAAACUCAUCCCCGGGUAUUCCCAAAGUGGAGAGACCUUCACUGUCCCCUGCAAAUCUACGCAGGUUGUGCAGCUCCUGUUUGGAGGAAAAAGCUACAACGUUUCAACAGCAGACUACAUUGGCGGAGACUUGGGAGGUGGGAGUUGCAAGAGCAAUAUCAUUGGCCGCAAGACUUUUGGCGAUACGCAAUGGCUCGUCGGAGACGUUUUCCUCAAGAAUGUCUACUCGGUCUUCGACUUCGACAACUCCCAGGUCGGAUUUGGCGUCAAGGAGGCUGGGAAAGAAACUGUUUCGAGCGCGAGCGCUACAUCAGGUGCGGCGUCCCGGACGGCGACUUCGAAAGGUGAGCAAUCCUCACCAACCUCAACGCCUACCAUUAGUCAUAGUCCUAACUCUACUCCAUCUCUAGGCGCCUCAUCCUCGGCAACAUCCCCUGCCUCUGGCAACGCCGCCAAUCCAACGGCAGAAUCGCAGCAAACACCAGGACCAACCCCUUCAGCAAAAGGUGAUGCAGGACGGCCGCUAGCUUCAGCAUCUUCUUUCGCGUUAUCGAUAGCGCUGGGAUUACUUUCUAUGUUCAUGUGA